GAACAAAUUGCUCAGACAGAGCCAUCGGAUCGCAGUUUGCUCAGGAACAGAACAGCUAGCGCACUGCAGGUCUGGUUGCCUGCUCUGCUGAGAUGUGGAGUGCAGGAUGCAUGGAGCAGUGGAUGCCGACGGCGGCAAUGGUCGCCACCAACGUCGUGAUCGCCAUCAUGACCGCACUGAUCAAGCAGGCACUGAACCAGGGCAUGAACAUGCUGGUCCUCAUCACUUUCCGGCAAAUGGUGGCCACUGUGUUCCUUGGCCCCAUUGCCUACUUCAAGGAAAGGAAGAUGAGACCAAAGUUCACAGCUGAAAUCUUUGUGUACACGUUCCUCAGUGGAAUUAUUGGGCCGGUGCUGCUUCAGUACACAUUGUUCGUCGGAUUGGAUUACACAACAGCAACAUUCGCUGCAACUUUCUCCAAUAUGCUUCCAGUCGUUACUUUCCUGAUAUCACUCGCUUUCAGGUUUGAAGCAGUAGAGGUGAGGAGCAUGUCAGGGAGUGCCAAGAUCUCAGGGACACUUAUCUCCCUCGGCGGCGCAAUGAUGCUCACUUUCUACAAAGGUUCAGCACUGACCCACACCACAUCAUCCAUCAACCCGGGCUCCAGCAGCGGCCACAGGCAGGCCGGAGGAGAGCACGGCACCGUCCGGUGGCUGCUCGGCUCCGUCUCCAUGCUGGCGAACGUUGUUGGGUUUGCCUUGUGGCUGAUGCUGCAGAGGAAGUUCACCAGCAAGUACCCGGCCGUGUACUCGGCAACGGCGUUCAUGUCUCUCUUCAGCUUCAUUCAGGCAGGAGCGCUGGCCCUGUCGAUACAGAGGACCAGCAUUGCAGUCUGGGCUCUCAAGGGGACAACAGAGAUCGUCACUGUUGUGUACUGUGGUGUAGUGGCAUCUGGUAUGGGGUACCUGCUGCUCACAUACUGUGUGGAGAAGAGAGGCCCUGUGUUCACUGCUGCCUUCAGCCCUCUGUCUCAGAUCUUCGUCGCCGGCAUCGAUCUGUUCAUCCUCCAUGAGCCACUCUACCUUGGAAGCGUGCUAGGGUCAGUGCUGGUGAUUCUUGGACUCUACAUGGUUCUGUGGGGAAAGAAAGAGGAAGCUGCCAAAGCUGUCGCUUCGGCGAAGCCGGUUCAGGUUCAGGCAGAGGUAGAACAGCAAGAGAAAGUGUGAUUUUUUUGGCUGCAUGAUCUGAAGCUGUAUUGUAAUCAUAGUAAGCCCGAGAGUAACUUGUGAUAGCUAGCAGCUUAUAGCACAAAUGAUAACCAAGCCCUCACUGUUGUAUGCUAGUCUAUACAAAUACUUAAACAAAUAGUAGUGACCAAUGGAAGAAAACAUGUGCACUUUUCCAAAAAAAAAAAAAAAGUUGAGAUCUCAGAGCAGCAUUGUCCACUACUGGGUGGCUGACAAGUGGGGCCAGAGAAUGACUGAAUGAGGGACGCACCAAUGCUCUCUCGUGUUCAAGAAUAGCAACGCGUCGCUCCUACUCUUAGAAUGGUUCAACGAAUGCAAGAUCUCUGCAUCGGACACUUGUGUCGUCCCCUCCGUGAAGAAUUCCGAACCUCACGGCUCUUGGCCACCAUCCAGGCGAUAAAAGAGCGGCGGUUUUGCACACAAACAGGAUCAAUGCAAGCAGGAUCAAUCGAAGCAAUGCAAGAACGGCGGAGCACCGCCGCUAUGGCGCGCGCGGUCGCCGCGGUCCUCCUCCUCCUGGGCACCGCCGCGGGCGCGCAGGCCGCGGCGACGGUGAUGAGCAUCGAGGAGGCGUGCCAGAAGGCGGCGAGCGUGAGCUACGAGCACUGCGUGUCGUCGCUGGCGUCGGACGCCCGAGCCGCGACGCCGCGGACCUGCACAAGCUGGCGGUGCUGGCGGCGCUGAUGGCCGUGGACCACGCGGCGACGACGGAGGCGAGGAUGGAGGGCCUGAACGAGGUGGAGGAGUCGCCGCACGCGCGCGCGCGGCUGCACCACUGCCGGGAGCUCUACAACGCCGCCGCCGACGUGCUGCGCGACGCGCUGGACAACCUCCGCGCGCGCAUCUACGGCAAGGCGUCGCAGCAGCUGGGCGCCUCCGAGAGCUGCGAGGACGUCUGGAAGGGCGAGGAGCGCGUCCCCGUCGCCACCCACGACAGGGAGUACGGCCGCAUGGCGGCGGUCGCGCUCGGCCUCACCACCGGCAUCGUUGCCUGAUGAGCCAUCAGAAACAAGUCUAGCUCGGAGUCCUCUCGCUCCUCUCCCACAUUAAUUAUUUAAUUACAUAUGUGAUCGAUCUUAGUAUUUGUCUAGCUCUUGUUAAUCUUUAUUUUCCCCUCUUCUUUUUGGUUUUGAUAUAUACAUGUAUGAUUAGUGAUAGGGCAAAGAAAGGGAUGCUCCCA